AUGUCCAACCAAGCAAGAAGCAGAGAAGAUGCGGCCUCAGCUAUUGGACGUGGUGGCACAAAGGUCAUCAUAGAGCCACCUGUGAUUGGACGUGGUGGCACAAAGGUCAUCAUAGAGCCAACUGUGCUGGGACGUGGUGGUACAAAGGUCAUCAUAGAGCCACCUGUGAUUGGACGUGGUGGUACAAAGGUCAUCAUAGAGCCAACUGUGCUUGGACGUGGAGGCACAAAGGUCAUCAAAGAGCCACCUGUGAUUGGACAGAGAGGCACAAAGGCCAUAAUGGACCUCCCUGUGAUUGGACGUGCUGGCACACAGGUCAUCAUGGAGCCACUCAACUUAACGUGCAGCAGUAUCAAUCAUUUCCUUCUCAGCGGUGUACCGGGUCUGGAUGACUUUAAUUUCUGGUUCGGAUUUCCUCUGGUCUUACUCUAUCUUGUGGCUAUCCUGGGGAACGUCACCAUUCUCUGUAUCAUUAAGGUGGAUAAAGAGCUUCACGAGCCCAUGUACAUCUUCCUUUUCAUGCUCUCAGCGCUGGACAUCUUGAUAGCUACCACGGUCAUGCCUAAAAUGCUGGGGAUCUUCUGGUUUGAUAGCCGGGCCAUCUCUUUCGAUACGUGUCUGACCCAGAUGUUCUCCAUCCAUUUCCUGUCUGCCCUGGAGUCCGGGAUACUGGUGGCCAUGGCUGUAGACCGAUGCGUGGCCCUUUGUUACCCUCUUAGAUAUUCUGCCAUUUUAACGCACAAGACUAUUAGAAAUAUCUGCCUGGCCAUUGUAUUAAGGGGAGCAGCCGGGAUGAUCCCUCUGCCGUUGAUUAUUAAGAGACUUCCCUUGUUUAAGAACAAUUUGUUGACUCAUUCCUAUUGUCUCCAUCAAGAGACCAUGAAGCUGGCCUGUGCUGACAUAAGGGUCAACAUCAUCUAUGGCCUGUUUAUUGCCCUCUCAGCCAUGGGCGUUGACUCUGUGUUCAUCACCGUCUCGUACAUUCUGAUCAUAAAGAUGGUGGUUUGCCUGGUGGCCGAGGCCAGUCUGAAGGCCAUCAGCACCUGCUCCGCCCACAUAUGUGCCGUCUUCGUCUUCUACAUGGGCUUCAUUGGCAUUGCCGUAGUUCACCGGUAUCCGAGCACCGCAAUGCCCAAUCUCCACGUCCUGUUUGGGAAUAUCUAUCUCCUGUUUUCACCCGUGAUUAACCCCUUGAUCUAUGGGAUUAAAACAAAGCAAAUCCGCAGCAGGCUCAGCAGGCUCUUCACUAAGGAAUCAAGUCAAAGAGCCAAGAAGGUGCCAGCUCCGUCCAAUCAGAUUCCUCCCAUCAAUGGUCAGGGAAUAUGCAGAGGAACCGAGCUUGGAGCCAAGAAGGUGCCAGCUCCGUCCAAUCAGAUUCCUCCCAUCAAUGGUCAGGGAAUAUGCAGAGGAACCGAGCUUGGAGCCAAGAAGGUGCCAGCUCCGUCCAAUCAGAUUCCUCCCAUCAAUGGUCAGGGAAUAUGCAGAGGAACCGAGCUUGGAGCCAAGAAGGUGCCAGCUCCGUCCAAUCAGAUUCCUCCCAUCAAUGGUCAGGGAAUAUGCAGAGGAACCGAGCUUGGGGCCAAGAAGGUGCCAGCUCCGUCCAAUCAGAUUCCUCCCAUCAAUGGUCAGGGAAUAUGCAGAGGAACCGAGCUUGGGGCCAAGAAGGUGCCAGCUCCGUCCAAUCAGAUUCCUCCCAUCAAUGGAGCUGGUUGUCCCUUCCUGGUACUUGAAGCCAACACCCUGAUGAUGCGUGCAGGUCAUCCUCAGUCCAGUCGCAGGUCCACCUUCUACCAGCGCAGGUUCACCCUCCUACAGCCGCCAGCAAGUUGUGUGACGAAAUCGCUGCUCUCCACAACCCCUGCUAGCCGGCUGGCUGCCGGAGAAAGAUCCGUCCCUCACGGCUCCCUCUCUCCCUGA